UCUAUUCGUCUCUCUCUCUCUCGCUCUCUCGCCCGCUCUCUCUCUGCAUAGAAUCUGAAUCCCUCUCGACCUCGGUUGGGCUUUGGAUACUUUUGGUUGUACCGCAGGACUCAAACUGGUGACUAAACAACCGCUGAAACAACUGGAAGAACAUUUUACAAACACAUCAUAAAGCAAACUUCUGCUGCCACUGGCUGCUGAGGAUCAGUUGAAGGGGAAAAAGGUGCCUUGCUCAACGGGACUUCAACAGCAGCUGCUGAGGAAGACGAGAGCACCAACUUUGCAGAGACUUUAUUAUCCAGUAGUUCCCUGCCUCUGCUUCUUAAAACAGGUGAGUCUGGUUCCUGAGUUCUGCUGAGAGAUCAUCAGUUGAGAAGUGAAAAAAGAAAAUCUGUGCUGAUCCAUAAUCAGACAUGGCCGACUGGAGCCUACUGGGAAACUUCCUCGAGGAAGUACAGGAGCAUUCUACCUCUGUUGGCAAGGUGUGGCUGACCGUCCUGUUUAUCUUCCGCAUCCUGGUACUGGGGACGGCCGCUGAGUCGUCCUGGGGAGAUGAGCAGGAGGAUUUCAACUGUGACACCGAACAGCCGGGAUGCGAGAACGUGUGUUACGACCGAGCGUUCCCCAUCGCACACAUACGAUACUGGGUGCUCCAGAUCGUGUUUGUGUCCACGCCCAGUCUCAUCUACAUGGGCCACGCUAUGCACACCGUCCGCAGAGAGGAGAAGAGGAGGAGCAGGGAGGAUGAGGAGGAAGAGGAAAGUGAUGGAGACGAGGACCCUGGAGGGGGUGAAGGAGGAGGAAGAGAGAAACACAGGGGUCGAGGAGAGAAGGACGACGAUAAGGACAAGAGGGACAGUCCGCUGACGGGUCGGGUUCGUCUGAGGGGGGCGCUGCUGCAGACGUACAUCCUGAGUAUUCUGAUACGAAGCAUCCUGGAGGUGGUGUUUCUGUGUCUCCAGUACUUCUUGUAUGGAAUCUUCCUCCAUCCUCUGUAUGUCUGCAAGGCGUGGCCAUGUCCUCACCCUGUGAACUGUUACGUGUCCCGACCGACAGAGAAGAACGUCUUCAUCGUGUUCAUGCUGGCGGUGUCGGCCGUCUCUCUGGCCCUCAGCGUGCUGGAGCUGCAUCACCUGGCGUGGAGACACUGCUGCAGGCAGAUGUACUACGCGAGGAAGGCCAUCACUCCAGCUAAGACCUCUCUGGCCCGACAGCUCUCUCUGUCUCCUCCACCUCCGUCCCCCCCUCUUCCAGACUUCACCCAGUGCAUGAUCGGCUCCUCUCACUUCCUGCCGAUGCCCUUCCCAACCCACCGCCUGGCCAACCAACAGAACUCAGAGAACAUGGCCACGGAGAAGAACAAGAUAGCUGCCGCGGUGGAGGAGGUGAACCUGCUCCAGAUGAGCUGCUACUCGCCCGGGUGGCAGACGGCGGGCACACCUCAGAGCCAAGAUGGAGGCUACCUGAGGGUCGACACCGACCGCUACGGCCCCGGGAGCAGGGACAUGAGCUGCCCUCAGACACAGAGCGGCGGGCCGGAGGGGCUGCUGCUCUGCUCCAACGGAGGGCUCUGUCAGAAAGACAGACGCAGGUUCAGUAAAACCAGCGGAACAAGCAGCCGGACGAGAGCGGACGACCUCUCCGUUUAGAGAACAGAAGCAGAAACAGACAAAUCCAACUUCUCAUUAAAAGAACAGAUAUAUUUUACCCUUUUUAACCUGCUGCCAUGCUCAUCAUACACUAGCGUCUCAUCCAAAACAGCUGCAGGCGUCACAACCUUCCUGUUUGAGUGAAAACUUCACCCUGGGACUAUUGGACCUCAUGCUGCCAUUGAAGUCCGAGACAAACCUGAAACCAAACAGAAACCUACAGAUGUUUAACAAAAGAAGCGUAAAGAUUGUUUCUAACAAUGUGCACAGACUUAGACGACCUGGACAAUCUGAAAAUCAACAGGUUGAGAUCCUGGAUGGAGACUGUGGACGAGAUGAGACUCGAUUCCUACUUCUUCUUUACCCAAAUGUCGUCAUUGGGAAACACACAAGUGAAUCUGAAGACCUAGGUUUUGAACAUGCACAUCACUCAAAGUGUUUGACUUGAUCUGCUCAUUGUCUGCACCAGCGGAGCCAGACUAUGUCAGACCUGGUCCAACCAGAUCUCCAGUGUUAAAGAACCACAGAAAACUCCAAUGUCAGUAAGUUGGUAAUUACAGAAAGUGAGAUUUAAACUGGGCUGUAAUCACGAUCAACCAUCAGGUGCUGUGGUUUCCUUAUAAUUCCCUGAAGCAAACCUGCUCUGCUGAGUCAUUUACCUGAGAAGAAUCAUAUGAUUCAUGAGAGAGGUUUCAGGACACAUGUUAAUAUCUUGGGUUACGUCCUCAUCACAAUUUAAGUAAAGCCUAUUAAAUGUUUAAAGGAUUUUCCAAGAGUCAUCGCUGGUGCUGUAAAGCAAACUGUUAUUUCUUGGCUGUUCUGUUAAAUCUGAUUAUCUUAUUAGUAUUAUCAUUGUUCAGCCCCACUGGAUCAGUGGAUAUGAAUAUGAAUCACACAAACUAUAAUUUUCAUUCAGUUUUUAAGAGAUGUUCAAUUUCCACAUAAAUGUACUGCGUUGUUUUGUGACAGUUUUGAUGAUAACAGUGAAUUUCUUCUUUACUGUACUGUGGUCAUUUCUCUUUAUGUCACUGAACACAUCACUGAAUGAUUUGUGUUCAUGUUGCAAUAUUUACAAGAACUUUAUUACUAUGAAUUACAACUCUAAAUUGUUUGGUAUUUCCUAUAUUGUGGUUUUAUAUUUAUUAUUCUACUCAAAUAAUGAGAAUGUGUUUAUGUUUAAAAAGCUU